AUGCCUGUUACUCCCGUCCCCCAUUCACGAAAAGGAACGCACCACAAGAGCAGAGCUGGGGCAGCAAUACUGACUGUGCCUUGCUGCUUCUCUUUCUCCACCUUCUCAGGCCGUUGGUUGCACCAGAGAGGACCAGUUUUGCAUGUGCCUGGGCAGUUGGGAUGCUGGUGCGGCACGCUUCUCUCCACCCAUCCAUCCCUCUUUGCCUAGUUUCCCUCCUCAUCCCUUCUACCCACCCCACUCUGGAGGACAUAGACACAGAAGCCACGCGCGUGUUGUGCUCCAGGCUGGGCUGCGGGAGCAGGACCAAGACAGUCAGAGCCUGCACACGGACAGACUGACAUGCUUCCUGGGUUCCUUUUUCCCUGCUGCUGCUGCUGCUGCUGCUGCUACCGACGCCAGCACCAGCACCAGCACCAGCACCAUCGUCGCCUCCAUCUCCUCCCUUUCCCCUUCUGCAUUGUGACUGGCACCCGCAGCACCCGCAGCAGUAGCAGCAGCAGCACAGUACCAGCCCGGAGAAGUUGACGCCUUUGAAGAGGGGAGGGGGAAAAAUCGAGGGGUGACAAGGCAUAGGGUGGGUUAAGGGAUUUGUUGUCAGCCAGGGAUUAACACAUCUGAGGGCGGGUGGUGGAAGGAAAGGGGGGAGCGGUGCUGGCAGGCAAGGGGGGCGGGGGGAGACGCUAUGAAGCCUAAGCUGGAAGGCGCAUCACUGUGUUAGCAUCAGCUGCUGACGCCCGCCCGGGACACAGGAGCCCGGACGCCUCCGCCCCCGGCGCCCUCUCCCUCCUCCUUCUCCGUGAUCUUCUUCUUCCUCCUCCUCCCCACCGCCACCCCGCACCUCCUGCAGGCAGCUUCGCAGCAUCACCACCUUGGAUAGUGGCAGUGCUGGGCAGGCAUCAUCCCGUGCGUCCCCUCCCGUCUCCACAGCGCCCCGCGCGCUGCACCCGCCGGGCUCUGACUCUGCAGCUCCGCGAGGUGUUUGGAGAGGGAGCCGGGGCAGCAGCGCUGACACUUUGAGUGGGUGUGGGGCCAGGAGGAGGUGGGAGGGAGGGGGUGAAACUUUGGAGCCCAGAUGAUUGUGGGUUCCUCAGUGCUGCGUGGAGGCUGCUGCUGCUGCUCCUACUUCUGGCACCUGGAGCAUUUUCCCCACAGGCGCAGCCGGAGGAGCGCUGUUUGCACUAAGGGAGUGAAGGACGUUGGCAGCAGCAGACAGGAGCCCGUGAGCCCUCCGCAGGUUUGCCUGUCCUUCCCCGCGAUCUGAUUGGAUAAAGUGGGGGCUCGACGGUGGCCGACGUGGGACAGUCUGGCUGUGGCAAGGGUCUUGGAAACCAUGGGUUAUUGCAGUGGCAGGUGCACGCUUAUCUUUAUCUGUGGCAUGCAACUGGUUUGUGUGCUGGAGAGGCAAAUAUUUGAUUUCCUUGGAUACCAGUGGGCACCUAUCCUGGCAAAUUUUAUUCAUAUUAUCAUCGUCAUUCUGGGUUUAUUUGGAACUAUUCAAUAUAGACCUCGCUACAUAACAGGAUAUGCUAUCUGGCUAGUCCUCUGGGUUACAUGGAAUGUGUUUGUUAUCUGCUUCUACUUGGAGGCUGGGGACCUCUCAAAGGAAACAGAUCUGAUUCUGACUUUUAAUAUCUCAAUGCACCGUUCUUGGUGGAUGGAAAAUGGUCCAGGAUGUACUGUGACAUCAGUGACACCAGCCCCCGACUGGGCACCAGAGGACCAUCGCUAUAUCACGGUCUCAGGGUGUUUGCUCGAGUACCAGUACAUAGAAGUGGCACACAGUUCUCUCCAGAUCAUCCUUGCAUUGGCAGGGUUCAUCUACGCCUGUUAUGUUGUGAAAUGUAUUACUGAAGAAGAGGACAGCUUUGAUUUCAUAGGUGGAUUUGAUUCUUAUGGCUAUCAAGGCCCACAGAAGACAUCUCAUUUACAACUACAGCCCAUGUACAUGUCCAAGUAAGCAAUGUGACUUCAGUGUGUCAGCUCAAGGACCUUUCAAAGAACUUGUUUCACAAUGGCCUCCUGUGUUUUACAAAGAGCAAGAAGCAACUUAUCUGUGUUUAAAAAAAAAAUAAAAAACCAACAACCACCACCACCAAGCAUAAGCUGAGACACAAAAAUAAAUAGUUCCACUUGGCCUCUUCUUCCUAAUAAACACAGACAGAUGCCCAGGAGACCCUAUCUUGGAUUUCCUGCAUGUACAGACAACUGCCAGGCCUUUGGAAGGUCCAAAAGGAGAAGUGUUGGCGCCCUCUGCUGCCCAUUCUUUACCUUUACCUUCUGCAUUCCACCUAAUGGGAGAGAGCCUGAGUUAUCGUGUCAUCCAGUUCAGAAUCAUUCGACAGCCCUCCAUCCACCUGAUAGCACCAAGUCUCCUUAGUGUAGUUACAAAAUAAUAAUAAUGACAGUAACAAUAAUAAUAAUAAUAAUAAUAAUAAUAAUAAUAAAAUAAUACCAUGAUGACCUUGUAACUGAAGUCUAUAUAGACGGCAGGUUGUUUGCCCUAAAGGCUGUACAGUACAUACUUGCCUUAACCCAUCAAAGUUGUACAUCAGAGCAACUCAGUGCAGGCUCUCUGAAGUAACUUCCUUCAGGCUGCUGUUAAUUCUGGGGAAAGCAAACCGAGUUUUAAGUCAGCGUGCUUCAUGUCAGGGAACAAGAAUGCCUAGUUCAGCAGCUCCAGAGCUUCUGCGGGAUAAACUGCCAGCUGUCAGUGAAGUGCUUUACUGUUGAGCCGACUCAGUGGCCAAAAAGUAACAAUAACAAUAAUAAUCUUGAUGAUAACCUUUAUAAUGCUAAAUAAGGUCUUGGGGAGGGGGAUGUUCGGGAGGGGGGUGUUGGGAGACAAAGAAAAACUCAUUAAACUACUAACCUUCCUGGAAACAGCUUCGUUAACCCCAUUAUUUUUAUUUAGUGCACUCUAGGUGCUUUUCUAAGUAACUUCCAAUAUGUCUUUUACUAACUCCAGAAACAUCUGCAGAUUUCUAUCAACAGAGGCCAAUUGAAUAUGUAUUAGCUAUGUUUACUCUUUUAUAUCUAAUUCAAAUGGAAGAUCUGAUGUAAGUGAACCUUUCUUUUCUAACUUCCGCAUAUGAGAUUAUUUUU